AUGAUCACCUGUCAAGUUCGUCGAUUAUCCUCUAAGCCGGUCUUGCAAUCGAUCACAAGAUCGUACGCCAGCCAUGCAUCCAAGAUCGGUGACACAAAGGUUUCGAUGUCCAACCUCGAAAAGGAGAAAUAUAUUAACUAUCAACGUAUCGAGGAUAACUUACAAGUCGUCCGUCGACGCCUUAAUCGUCCCUUAACCUUAUCCGAAAAGGUCCUCUACGGACAUCUCGAUAAUCCAGAGGACGCAGACAUUCGUCGGGGUGCCUCCUACCUCAAGUUACGACCAGACCGUGUAGCUUGUCAAGAUGCCACAGCACAGAUGGCCUUACUUCAAUUUAUGACUGCCGGCUUACCCGAGGUGGCUGUACCAACAACAGUACACUGUGACCAUUUGAUUGAGGCGCAGAUCGGAGGAACGAAAGAUCUGGCACGAGCAGUUGCGACGAACAAAGAGGUCUACGACUUCCUUGCCUCUUGUUCGGCCAAAUACGGCAUCGGUUUCUGGCGACCCGGCUCUGGGAUCAUUCACCAGAUCAUCUUUGAAAAUUACGCCUUCCCUGGUGGAUUGAUGAUCGGUACCGAUUCUCAUACCCCUAACGCCGGUGGUCUGGGUAUGAUCGCCGUAGGCGUCGGUGGUGCUGAUGCUGUCGAUGUAAUGGCUAACUUGCCUUGGGAGUUGAAGUGCCCCAAAGUUAUCGGUGUCAAACUGACUGGCCAAAUAUCUGGCUGGACAAGCCCCAAAGAUGUCAUCCUCAAGGUCGCUGGCAUACUUACCGUCAAGGGUGGAACUGGAGCAAUCGUCGAAUAUUUUGGACCUGGGGUUGAAUCUUUGUCAGCCACCGGAAUGGGCACGAUUUGUAACAUGGGUGCCGAAAUUGGCGCGACCACCUCGAUGUUCCCUUACAACCGUCGCAUGGCGGAUUAUCUCAAUGCCACCAAACGUGGUAACAUCGCCAAAUACGCGGAUCAGUUCAAGCACAACUUGCAGAGCGACGAGGGAGCUCAAUACGAUGAAAUGAUCGAAAUCAACUUGAAUGAAUUAGAACCCCACAUCAAUGGACCGUACACACCCGAUCUUGCCACGCCUUUAUCCACCUUUGCGAAGACCGUUGAAGAAAAGGGCUGGCCAAAGGAAUUGAAAGUUGCGCUGAUCGGCUCUUGCACUAAUUCGUCUUAUGAAGACAUGUCACGAGCGGCCUCGAUUGCCAAGGAAGCCCAUGACCAUGGCUUGAAUGUUAAAUCCAAGUUCACGAUCACUCCCGGCUCCGAACAAAUCCGUGCAACGAUCGCCCGUGACGGCCAAAUGGAAGUUUUAGAAAACGUUGGUGGUUUGGUACUAGCCAAUGCAUGUGGACCUUGUAUCGGUCAAUGGGACAGACAAGAUGUUAAGAAGGGCGAUGUAAACUCUAUCAUCACAUCUUAUAACCGAAACUUCACUGGUCGAAACGAUGCGAAUCCAUCUACUCACGCCUUUGUAGCUUCACCUGACCUUGUCACCGCCAUGGCAUUCGCUGGUGAUUUAACCUUCAACCCAAUGAAAGAUACUUUGAAAGGCAAGGACGGCAAAGAAUUCAGAUUCUCCGACCCAUCUGGAAAGGAAUUGCCUCCGCGUGGGUACGACGCAGGAGAGAACACAUAUCAAUCUCCACCAGCCGACCGACAAUCAAUUAACGUUGCGGUUUCACCUUCGAGUGAUCGACUUCAGGUCCUCAAACCGUUCAAGGCAUGGGAUGGCAAGGACCCUGCCAACUUGCCAGUCUUGAUCAAGGCAUCUGGCAAAUGUACUACCGACCACAUUUCAGCUGGUGGGCCAUGGUUAAAGUACCGAGGUCACCUUGAGAAUAUCUCUCAGAACAUGUUGAUCGGCGCUAUCAAUGAGGCGAACGGUAAGCCCAACGAGGUCUUGAACCAAGAGACUGGCAAGUGGGGUGGAGUACCUGAAGUAGCUGCCUACUACCGUGACAACGGUAUCCCUUGGUGUGUCAUCGGUGACCAAAAUUACGGUGAAGGAUCCUCCCGAGAACACGCUGCUCUUGAGCCCAGAUUCAUGGGUGGUGUGGCUGUCAUCACCCGAUCAUUUGCGCGUAUCCAUGAGACAAAUUUGAAGAAACAAGGAAUGCUGCCAUUGAACUUUGAAAACCCUGCAGAUUAUGAGAAAGUUAAACCGGAUGAUCGAAUCGAUUUGAAAGGUAUUACCGAAUUGAAGGAAGGUAGCAAGGUGACAAUGAUCGCUAAACAUAAGGAUGGAUCGGCCGAUCAAAUCCCUUUGACCCAUACUUUCAAUCAAGGUCAGAUUGAAUGGUUUAAGGCUGGUUCAGCUUUAAAUUUGAUGGGUAAAAUGAAGAAGUAA